CGCUUCUCUCCCGCAGUCAGAGUCAUCGAGCGCGAUAAAAAAAAAUAAAAAAAUGGCCGACGUUGAUUUUGGAGAUGUGGAACUCUUUCAACAAUUAGAUGACCAUACGCCACCAGCCCCGACCCACAUUCGCUUCCCGGAUGACGCGGAGGACCACGGGGAAGUGUCGGCGUUACGGGGCCGGUUGGAAGAAUGUGACGGCGACAUUGAGAAGCUAACAGAGGAAAAUAAAGCUUUGAGAAGAAAGUUGAACAUUCUGACAUGCCCCAGUGGUAUCACUAUCGAAGAUGUCAACAUCGACGGGCCAGUCGUUCAAAUUAUAUAUUCAAACAAUGUCAUAUCAAAGCAAUGCCGGCAAGAAAUCGAAGAUAGCAUCUGCGGUGUCAUGCAGCGACAACAGAUAGCAGGCGACACAGAGACCCAUUCCCCUUCCACCUACUUGAAGCCUCAGCCUUCUUCAUUUGCAAUGGAUGAAGACCCAGAGAAGUCAGCCAGCACUAGUGUCAGAACAACAACAGAAGCCUUUAAAGUGGUUGGAAGCGUCCUGUACUUCACCACCUUCAGUGUGGACAAACUUGGACAACCCUUGCAGAAUGAAAACCCUCAGGGGACUGAGGGGUGGGAAGUGCCAACCUAUCAACAGGUUUUCAACCAAGUCAUUGGCACAGAUGGGCAGGAUGUAGAGAUGAAGGACAAAAGGCCCAAAAAUAUGUGUUUUAACUGUGGUGUAAGCGGCCAUCAAGUGAAAGACUGCCCUAAGCCCAAAGACUUUGCUGCCAUUAAUGAGAGACGAAAGGAGUUACUGAGCAACAACACAUUCCUGCAAAGUAACCAGCGGUACCACGCUGAUGAGGUGGACGAGCGCUUCUCUAAAUACAAGCCUGGAAUCUUAAGCGAGGAGCUUUUGUCGGCGCUGGGAAUCAACACAAACACUCUCCCUCCUCUCGUCUAUCGCAUGAGGCUGUUGGGAUACCCGCCGGGUUGGCUCAAAGAGGCAGAAGUGGAGAACUCUGGUUUAACACUGUAUGACGAAAAUGUGCCCAAUGACAGCAUCGUGACCAACAGCAUCACGACGUAUGACGUUACCAAACUGGUAGACUUUCCAGGCUUCAACGUGCCGGUGCCGCACACAAUGAAAGACGAGUUCAUGCGCUACAGUUCCGUUCCUAUGCAGAGCAACCACAUGAAGCAAAAUUAUGCCGCCUACCUGUCCAGCCACUUUGCUUCGCCCAAUGGUCCGAGCAACAAGAGACGACACGAGUCGGACUCAUCUCAGUAUCACAGGAAGAAGCCAAAAUCCAGCCCUGAUGGGAACUCUGAUAUGGAUAUUGAAUCAGUCCAAAUUUGGUCCCCAGAUCCUGGAACACCUUACAACAGUCGCCGUCAUGGCGACUUUCAUUUCCAACCGCCACUGCCGCCUGGCUCGCCGUGUCUCAGCUCGCCCCCUCCUCUACCCCACGGCACCCCGCCUAUCACUCCCACACGCCCACCUCUACCGAAAAGCACGCCGCCUCACACGCCCACCAAUGGGUCCCCCAGGACAGUGCAAGGAUCCAACUUGGUUGCGGCGGACAAGGCGGGGGAGGGAAAAGAGGACGAACUCACUCUGGAAGAGUUGGAAGAGCAGCAGAGAUUGAUCUGGGCGGCGCUACAAAACACUGACACCACCACCAGUAGCGACUCGGAGACGCCCGUGGCGGGAACUCCCAUGGGAAGUUCGCCGAGCGUGUCCACUUCGGCGCGGUGCGAUUCUGAAAUGGAUGAGGUUGAAGAAGUGCUGUCCAAAAGGCUUGCUAGUGACAAGAGUCAGACCCAAGUUGAAGGGCAGAACGACAGCCCUCAAAGCCCCGAUCCAAUCGAACUCCAAGAUAGUCUUGCUGUGGACAAAUUUCAAGAUAGUCCAGGUCCACCUAAAUCCGAAGAUAACAGUUCUGUUAAAUCCCAGGAGAACAGUAGCCAAAGUCCUGAUGCCAUCAAGUCCCAGGAAGACAACCCCGAAAGUCCUUGCCUCGUCCAAUCCCAGGAAAACAGCCCCGAGAGCCCCGACCCAGCAGCCUCACAGGAUGUAAACGGAUCCUCCCCAAGCACCAACAAGGUGUCAGCGGUACCUCAUCGACACAAGUUUGCCGAGGGCAUCAUGCCUUUCGAGCAGACUCCGGAAUACACGGAGGUGGCCGAAGCCACGGGGACGUACGUCCGCAUUAGAGACUUGCUUAAGAGUUCACCCCGAAGUUUAGCUAAGAAAAACCCGGAAUGAAUACUUUCUUGGCCACCUUACGAGAUCAUGCUUUUUAACUCGCAUUUUGGAUGUACAGUGUCUUGGAGGCAAGAAGGGACAUUGAACCACACAACUAACAUUUUUGUAUUUUAUUUUUUUUAAUUGUAUUUUUAUUGGUAAACAUUUUUUAUUUAGUGACAAUUUUAUUUUUUGCCCACCUUGUAAUUAUGUUUCGAAGUAAACAUUUCUGAUUCGCA